AUGUAUCCUGGACAACAGUACAAACAACAAUACGGCUCGGAUCCCCAGCAAACUACAACACAAAGUAUACCACAGACAACAUAUUAUCAAGCACCACCACCAUAUCCAUAUCAACAACCACCUAGCGGCUAUGGUUACCCGACGGGAGGUUAUCCACAACCAUAUCCUUCCUCACAACCAUAUCCUCCUUCACAACCAUAUCCACCCUCACAACCAUAUCCCCCUCCCAUGCAACAGCAAUAUCCUCCUCCCACGCAACAGCAAUAUCCUCCUCCCACGCAACAGCAAUAUCCUCCCCCCACACAACAGCACUAUUCUCCCCCUCCCUAUCCCAACCCGUAUUAUAAUAAUUCUGUGCCUCCCGC